AACAUCUCUCCACCAGACCAGCUCCCCCUCUUGCUGGCCUCCUUUCCUUCUCUCAGGAUGAUAUUCCCGGCGAAAUCCCCAUCUCUGUGGGGGUGCAUUGUUUCCGCAGGCUGAGGCCCCGAGACACAAACGUCUCUAGGGGACCUUCAGGCGGGUCAGGUGGGCUACAGAAUAUACAAACAGCCAGCGGUGGGCGUCUGCUCCGCAGUCUCGGUCCAUUACUCGGUAUUUCAAAGUUAACACUUAACACUUCCCAUUCUACGGAUACAUUAUCUUGGGCCACUCCCAAGGAAAAGCACCAUUAAUCCUUUCGCCGCUUUUCUCGACGUGGAAAAUUAGUAUGCCUCUGCUCAUGAAACCCCGACAGCCUAAUAGUGACGACGAUCACAGACGCCAAGGGUGACUUUGUAAACAGCCACCCAGACGCGAUCCUCUGUCCAGCGCCAGGGUCCACCGCGGUUCCGAACAGGGAUCCGCUUUCCCGCCCCCGCGUCUCGCGGGACCUGUGCCUCCGCCGAGAUUUCGGGGGCCCCCGGAAAGUACAAUCGCGCGAGAACGGAAGCAGGAAGUGCGAGGCAAUCCGUGACCUCCUAGCGGACCCCGGAAGUGUGGCGUCUCUCUGUGUUCUUCGGCGAACUCUUGCAAAGAACCGUAGUGGGCGAGCUCGGGCGGGGACCAUGCUGACUCGGCUGAAAGCAAAAUCAGAGGGGACGCUUGCAAAACAGAUUUGCAGAGUGGUGUUGGAUCAGUUUGACCAACAGUAUUCCAAAGAGCUUGGGGAUUCCUGGAAUACAGUAAGAGAUGUUCUAAUAUCUCCAUCACUGUGGCAAUACGCCAUCCUCUUCAACCGAUUCAAUUAUCCCUUUGAGCUGGAAAAGGACUUACGUUUGAGGGGCUUUCACACAAUCCUUCAAGGGUCCUUACCGUAUUAUCCUAAAUCAAUGAAGUGUUACCUCAGCCGAACUCCAGACCGAAUGCCGUCAGAGCGACAUCAGACUGGAAUCUUGAAAAAGUACUACCUCCUCAACGCUGCUUCCCUUCUCCCCGUGCUGGCUCUGGAACUGAAUGAUGGGGAGACAGUUCUGGACCUGUGCGCUGCUCCUGGAGGCAAAUCAGUAGCUCUGCUGCAGUGUGCUUACCCAGGUUAUCUUCUUUGUAACGAAUAUGAUGGCCUGAGAGUGAGAUGGCUGAGACAGACAUUGGAAUCUUUCAUCCCACAGUCUUUGACAAAUAUAAUUAAAGUGUCUGAAUUGGAUGGCAGAGAAAUGGGAGAUGCCCAGCCUGAAACGUUUGACAAGGUCUUAGUUGAUGCUCCAUGUUCCAAUGAUCGAAGCUGGCUGUUCUCAUCUGACUCUCAGAAGGCUGCCUGUAGGAUCCGUCAAAGGAACAAUUUGCCUGUCCUACAGGUAGACCUCUUGAGGUCUGCAAUUAAAGCCUUACGGCCUGGAGGGCUCCUCGUGUACUCUACAUGCACGCUUUCCAAGGCUGAAAAUCAGGAUGUGAUCAGUGAGAUCUUGACCUCCAGCAGUACCGUCGUGCCUGUGGAUAUUAGUGGAAUCGCAAGGACUUGCUCCCAAGACUUCACAUUUGCCACCACUAACCAGAAAUGCAGUCUUUUGGUGAUUCCUGAAAAGGGCAAAGCUUGGGGCCCAAUGUUUAUAGCCAAGCUGAAGAAAAAAACAUGAGUACAGGAAAAUGGCAAUGUGAUUUUGUAAGCCAUGUUGAUAUGUUACUAUAUGCAUAUUAUUUGAGUUCACUACAUGUUAGUACUUCAAUAAUUACAGGACCACUUUCCUUUGGACCAUUUGGAAUCCUGUGUAGUUAGUUCUUCAGCCUUGUAGAGCAAAGACUUAAGAAUUUUUUAGGUACAGUUUUGUUCCUCGAAAUAUAUCUAUAGUGAUGCUUUAAAGUGGGACAAAUGGUGUUGACCUGUAUAAUAAAUUGUUUUUACUUGAUAAGUUAAUCAGAGUAAUGGUUCUGUACAUAAAAUGCUCAGGACUGUAUUCUUGACAUAGGUAUUUUAAACCUUUUCUUUAAAACUGGAUCUGCCAACACGCUCACCAUUUUCCUCAUCAAAUAUGCGGAUUCUUUUUGUAAGAACAAUUGGUAUUCCAAGGCUAACUUCUUAAGCAGCACAAUUUCUAGUUCUAGCAAAACGGGUUUCUUAUUUGCAAAGUUGUUUUGUUAAGGACUCUCUUCUGUUUACUGCAAAGGUCAGUGACUCUAUUGACACCAGCUUCAUUCCGCCCUGUUCUCCUUUAUUCACAAACACAAACGGAAAGGGUAAAUUAUGUUGAAAGGCCUUUAGAACAUCAGAUCCCCGUGCACGUGUUUGACUUUCGACAUUCAGCUUGUAAAAUAAUGCAGUCUAUCCAGCAGGCUAUAAAGCAAGCACUUGAAACAAAACCAGAAUGAUUAAUAACGGCAAUAACUGAACUAUAUUUGGAGUGUUUUGUUACAUAAUUGCAGUCAUAAUGAGUACUACAGAAUCUGAUUAUCUUACAGUUGCAAUCUGGAGGGGCUUUUUAUUUCACUCGGUUAUAAAAUGUUAUGUGAGAGUGUGAUGUCACAUAUUAAUGCACAAGAGAGAGGUGCCUAAUGAGGGUCAAUUAUCCGUUACCAAGACCCCAAACCAUUCACUGCGUGGCUUUCUCUAUUUAUACAUAUCCCCCCCAAGAAUUCUGUGCAUGCUUCUAUAUAUAUGUUUAGGAUUUUAGCAUCAAUUUUCAAUCAUGAAUUUUUCUUUAGAAAUUACUUCACUUGGAUCCAAACAUUUUUCCAACUAUUAAGAAAAAUCAUGCUAUCAGACAUGGCAGUGCAUUUGGGAGAAGUGCUGAGGCAGAAGUAUUACAAGUUCAAGUCCAGCCUGGGCUAUAUAGCAAGGCUCUCUUUAAGAAAGAAAUAGGGAGGAUGGAGGAAGGGAGUGAAGGAGGGAAGGGUAGAGCAAGAGAGAUAAUUACAAAGCAUACUUGAAAUUAGAAAUUAGCUUUUUAAAUUUUUAAAGAUUUAUUUAUUUUUAUUUUAUUUUAUGUGUAUGAAUGUCUUGCCUGCAUGUAAA